AUGUGCGCAACACACGGCACCACUUCUCAAACCAACGGUUCGAGCGCCUCUACCGGCCAACAAAGCUUCCUCGGAAACGCAAUUGAAAUCUGCAUCGUGACCCGCGACCACAAACGCACUAUUGACGGUCUAUUGCGCCUCGGCAUUGGGCCCUGGAAGAGCUACACAUUCACGCCCGAAAACACAACCAACCAGACCUACCGCGGCAAGCCAGCAGAGUUCACACUCAAAGUAUGCUUUGCGCAGGGACCCAAUGUCGUCUACGAGAUAAUCCAGCCUGUAUCGGGCCCAACCAUAUUCGGCGAGUUCCUCGACAAGCACGGGGAGGGCAUCCAUCAUGUGGCGUAUGACUGCCACGGAAUUCCAUGGGAGGAACGAAUGGCUGGGUUCAAAGAACGGGGCUUUGAGCUGGCGCAGUCGGGCAGUUGGCAGGGACGGAAUCAUUUUGCUUUCUUCGAAACGGAGGAUGCGACUACGACUUGCUUCGAGACGUACUUCUUCCCGGAUGACUGGGAGGAUCCUGUGGCUGAUGAAGUGUAUGGUCUUCCUUCUACAGAGUGA